AUGGCAGGUGGUAAUGCAGAGAAACAGCGGCCUCGUAGGCGCUCGUGGAGGAAGAGCGCUCCAUGUGUUUCGCGCAGGCUGCUCUGCUGCUCGUGUUUGCGCGGUGAGGAAAAGGAUCCUCUGCAGGAGCAGGAAGAGAAGAUUAAUGGGGGCCCUCAGCAUCCACACUUGGAUCAACUGGGAUCAGUUGAGAGGGAGGCUAUCCAGAUUAGAGUAGAAGAUCUGGGUAUAGUUAACGCCGGCUUCAGCCUGUUGGAGGAGGAACCCGUGACCUCCAGGAACAGCGUGGCCCGCUCAGCCAGCUCUGUGUCUGGCUGCCCGAGGACUCUGAAAAAGAAACAACUGAAGCCUCUCUCUUCACUCCCGAUUAAGUCCCAGGCCAUCACUUCCACAAGUGAAGAAGAUAAUGAAGAAGAGGAGGAAGAUCUGUUGCUGUGUGACAGCAGCACUGCUAGCUUCCUAACACCCCCUGUCAUUAAUCUGAUCCCCCCCUCUCCCUCUGAUGUCGUUGACGACGAUCAGUUCUUUCAUAUCAACUCGGAGGAAAGUGUGGUGAAUACGUCUUGCAGUGAUGGAAGCCUUGCUGCUGGGGAACCGGAAAGCUAUGAGGAAAAGAUGGAGAGUGUGGAGACAGAGGAAGACAUCACAUUGGCUGAGAAUAAGAUCUUUGCAGAUAAGACAAAUGAGUCUAAAGAAAGCCCAAGUGAUGAGUCAGGGAAAGAGAGAGAAUAUGUGACAACCAAAGAGAUGGAUAAAGAAAAAGCAAAGUCCAAGUUCUUACGUAGCGCCUACCAGGUGGCGCCUCUUCCUGAGUACCCUCGGAAAAGCAAAACUCUAGAUGACAUGAGCAAUAAAGAUGUGACCUGCUCUGAUUUGCUGAGAGCUGAACUCUGUCUGCUUCCUCAAGCUGCCAACAUGGACACAUUUACUCACCAAAUGAGGCUGAUAACACGCUCCUGCAGUCUGGUGGACACAAUGACCAGAAGCGCCACUUUCAACUCUUCAACCGAGUCCACAGACCACCAGGAAGAGGAGGGGUCGCCACGACAACGACGCAUAACCGUUGAAUGUGGAGUAAGCAGCGGGAACCUAACCUCUCCUUCUUCGCAGCAGGAGGACAGUCAAGCGGCCAAACGUCUGGCUGAGCUGAACACAGAGGAAGUCUGCCAGUGGUUUACCAGCAUUGGACUGCAGAAAUGUCUUCCUUUCAUCAGCGAGGUGAAACUGUGUGGAGCAGACGUAGCUUCAGUGGAUGUGAACACUCUGGACAUCCUGCAUAUCAACACACUGGAGGAGAGGGAGCUGCUGCUGUCUGCCAUUUAUAAUGAGCUGCACCCUCCCAGCACCAUCACCCAGAGACUCAACUCGCUGCUUGAAUCUAUAGGGCCUAACAAUGUUGAGACAUUUACUACAUCACUAGUAUCAAUGAGCAAAUCUAAGUCCUCUCCUCACGUGAGCUGCUUGAGCAGGAAUCGGCGUUCCCUGAAGCUCAGGACCAGCCCAAACUUCAUGACACAGAGGAAUUCCCAACUAAUAGAGAUUACUAUUAAUGCCUCAGAGCGGAUAGUUCAUCUCAGAACCCCAAAGGACACAACAGUGGGAAAAAUCAUGGAUUCAUGUUUUAAAAUGUUGGCCAUGACAGAAGAUAAGAGCCUCUUCAUUCUGAAGGAAACGCAAGGUUCAUCAGAGGAGCUCCCGCCAGAUCAGCAGAUUGGGAGCCUACUGACAUCCACACCAGGGAACAGACAACUGGAGCUCCACUUGUGUAAAACGAAGAAGUUAUCGGAUGGAGCUUUGCUAAAUAAUCCAGAAGUAAACAGCUCAAAUGAGAACGUCAACAAAAAUGUCACGGUGAUCCAGGCAGCUAAAGAAGAGAGGAUCAAGGAGCUAAAACAACAGGUGGACUCGCUGCAAAAUGUCAUUCUUCAGGUCCAGGAGCUCCAUCAUGGCCUGGUAGAAUUUUGCUCAGAGAUAAAGAACAUGGAUAGAGAGGCCGAUGUAAAGGGGCUUGGCUCUGCUGAUCUGAAGCCCAGGCUAGAGUUGGUUAUAAGCCGAGUGAACGACAAGAGGCAGAGCCUGCAGACCCUCAAAGACAACACUAACAACUCCAGUGCUCACAAGAACAAACAGUUGGAUGUCCGCCUCUUGGAAAAGAUGAAACUGAACUGCCAAGUCUUUAAAGAGGAGAUUUCCAUGGUACAUCUCAACCGGCAGGUGGCUUAUCUCCAAAAUGCCUUGCAGGAAAGCUAUGAUAAGGAGAAAGCUCGGAAAAAGAGUUUGGCCAUUGGUAGCCUGAGCCAGCUAGUGUCACCGCAGUCUCCUGCCAUGCUGCUGGUCGUGCAGGAGAACCACAACCCUGACGGCCAUUAUGGCUUUACGUGCCGCCUCAGAGAAGGCAGCGGACUGGUGGUGGUUAGAGUGGACGACUCCCCCCUCUGUGUGGACGACAGGCUGGUGGAGGUGAAUGGUGUGCCCGUGGUCAACUCCACACAGGAAGAGCUGACUGACAUCCUGCUGCAGGGACCCAGCGCUAAAAUUGUGGUCCUUCGCCAGCCCCCACCCCCGCCCACCCCCACCUCCCAGCAGCACCCUCUGGUCCUGCAGCGCAGCGUCAACCCUGAUCCCAUGCAAACAAUUUGCCCAGCAAGGGAAGUGGUCACCAUGGAAACCCCUCCUCGCCGGAAGGUGAUGGCCAUCUGA